AUGGCCUCUGUAUCUUUCAAGAACAAGGUCCGCUUCGACCACCACAGUAUUUGCAAGCUCCCAUAUAAUCUUGAGAUCGGUGCAACUCAUAAAGGAGUGCUCGAAGUUAAGAGAUACCUCAAGCAUUUUGACUACGCCGAAUCAAAGUCUUUCAAGGUCGAUAGCACUUUUGACGAUGCAACCCGCACGGCUUUGCGCAGAUUCCAAUCUUGGUUUACCCUUGACGAGACUGGACUCUUCGAUGGACCAACAAAGGCAGCGUUGACCGCAGCCCGUUGUGCACACAGCCGUGCCAAUCCACUCGCGGCAAAUACAAUCAGCAAGUGGAACAAGAAGAAUCUGACCUAUGCAUACGGACCGUUGUCAAAAGAUCUUCCAGCAAACGUCUGCAAGGCAGCUGUUCGGCGCGCAUUUGAUACUUGGCAGAAUGCUGGAGUAGGCCUUCGCUUUAUCGAGGCUAGUGCUGGGGCAACCCCAGACAUUUCUAUCGACUGGCGGGAUGCACUUGACGCAGACCUGCUCGCACUCGAUCCCGAUGGGAAUGGCAUGGUCGGUGGCACUCUUGCCCACGCUGAUUUCCCAGGCAGUGGAUCCAUCAUUGUUGAAAACGGCACUCCGCCUUUACCACUUCACUUUGAUGACGAGGAGCACAUAUGGGUGGACGGAGCGGUCCCCAAUGCAUUUGAUAUUGAAACAGUCGCCCUCCACGAAAUUGGACAUACCCUUGGGCUGUUGCACUCGGACGAUCCCAAUGCAAUCAUGGCGCCGACAGUGGCAGACAAUGUGACCAAACGUAGGCUUGGGCGGGACGACUUGGUUGGCAUUAGAAGACUCUAUGGUUCGGCUUGA